CAAACGAGUUAUCAUUUCGUAGCCAAUUAAGUUUCAUCAUCAUAUUUAAUCACCAAAAAUAUAAUUCGCAUCGUCGUUCUGUUCUCUUGAGUCACUAAUGGACCAAAGAUCAUUAGAAGCUGCUGCUAAAUCUGGAAACAUCGAUCUACUAUACGAACUAAUCCAUGAAGAUCCAUACGUUCUUGAUAAAACCGACCACGUGCCCUUCGUUAAUACUCCUCUCCAUGUGGCAGCCGUCAAUGGAAAAACAGAGUUUGCCAUGGAAAUGAUGAACUUGAAACCAUCUUUUGCUCGGAAACUUAACGCCGACGGACUUACACCGUUACACCUCGCCGUGGAACACGGUCACUUCUGGUUAGUACUUGAAGUAGUUAAGGUUGAUCCAAGUCUUGUUCGUAUUAAAGGGAGACAUGGUACGUACACUCACUUAUUUUGUUGAACCCUUAAUUAUGUUUCUUAGUUUUUUCCAAAAGCUUUAGCUCUAAUCAAUCCGAACUAAUGUUAUAAUAUGUAUCUAGUAAAUUCAAAUCUUGGAGAUAGUAUUGAAGUAGGACGAACAGUCCAUUGAAUACUAGUUUGAAUUCAGUCUAUUGUUGCUUUUGACUAGUCAUUAUGUCGAUAUUGUAUGGUCAGAUCAUGAACUAGAUUGGUUAUACCAGGAGUGUUUAAUUCAUUUUUCUUGUCCAAAAAAGGUAUGACGCCAUUGCUAGUUGCGGUAAGUAGAAAGAAGAUUGAUCUGAUGUCAGAAUUCUUCUUGGGUUGUCCCGAAAGCAUUGUGGACGCAAAUGUGAACGGAGAAAACGCUCUUCACAUCGCCGUGAAUAACUACGACCAAAGAGAAGGAUUAAGCGUUCUUAAAGUUCUCAUGGGAUGGAUCUUAAGAUUGUGUCAAAAAGAUGCAGAGUGGAUCGAGACAAGAGUCAUAAACCGAAGAGACAAAGACGGUAACACGCCUUUACAUCUCGCGGCGUACGAGAUCAAUCGUCAAGCUAUGAAAUUGUUGUUAGAGAGCUCCAAGAUUAACGUCAACAUUGAGAACAAGAACGGUUUAACCGUGUUCGACAUUGCUGUGUUACACAAUAACAGAGAGAUAGAGAGAAUGGUUAAGAGACAUGGUGGAAAACGUUCGGUUUCUCUUGUCAAGAUUAAGACAACAUCGGAUAUACUCGCGUCGCAGCUUUCUUGGAGAGAAUCGAGACGGACGAAGAAGAUUCGGUUUUAUUCUUGGAUCUCUGAAGAGAGAAGAAACGCUCUUUUAGUGGUCGCAACUCUCAUCGUCACAGCUACAUAUCAGACGGUUCUCCAACCUCCCGGAGGCGUGUCUGAUGGCGGUGGUCAAAAGAGUGGAACAAGCGGUCCGAAAGCGGGUUCAGUGGUUAUGGACGAGGUCUACUUUAUCUGGUUAUGGUUGUGGAACAGUGCGGGGUUCUGCUUUGCGAUUGAGAUGAUGAUACGUUUGUUGAGUUUAGGACAAGAGAGUAUGUUUUGGUAUUACCCUCUGUUCGUUCCUAUGGUCUUGGCUUACUCUGUUGCAGGGGAUGUGAUCAAGCCGAACGCAAGAGCGUACACGAUCGCAGGUGUGGGUGCGAUCGUGGUUCUUAUAAUUUGGGGAUUGGUAGUUUGGUUUUGGGAAUGGGUGCAGUCUAAGAGAACCAAGCAACGUGGACCCAAGAGUGGAUUGGUUUGGGAAGGUUUCACUACGUUGGAUCAAGCUAGAGGUGUUGCGCCUAAUCGGUAUGUGAUUAGGUAAUCUUAAUUUCCUCUUGUUAUUUUAUUGUUGCUUUUGUAUUUUUAUUCUAUAAUGUGUAAAAUCUCUACUCGGGGUAAACCUAUUUACAUGAAAUAUCUGUUUAUUAUUUGCUUCUAAUAUUUACUCUACGUGAUAUGAUGUGC